UCGGCGCCGUUGUCGUUUCUUCUCCUUUCUCUUAUCCGGGAAGCAGAGUUGUAACAGCAGAGCACCAUGUCCAUCCUUAAGAUCCAUGCAAGAGAGAUUUUUGACUCCCGUGGUAACCCCACUGUGGAGGUUGACCUGUAUACCUCAAAAGGUCUUUUCCGUGCUGCAGUACCUAGUGGAGCCUCCACCGGUAUCUAUGAAGCACUUGAGCUCCGUGACAAUGACAAAACACGUUACUUGGGAAAAGGUGUCUCUAAAGCCGUUGAGCACAUCAAUAAAACCAUUGCACCAGCACUGGUUGGAAAGAAUGUAAGUGUUGUGGAUCAGGAAAAGAUUGACAAACUAAUGCUUGAGAUGGAUGGAACUGAGAACAAGUCAAAGUUUGGUGCCAAUGCCAUCCUCGGAGUGUCUCUGGCAGUGUGCAAGGCUGGUGCUGCUGAAAAAGGAGUUCCUCUGUAUCGUCAUAUUGCUGAUCUGGCUGGAAACCCAGAAGUCAUUCUUCCUGUUCCUGCAUUCAAUGUGAUCAAUGGUGGAUCUCAUGCUGGCAACAAGCUUGCUAUGCAAGAGUUCAUGAUCUUGCCUGUUGGGGCUUCUUCUUUCAAGGAGGCCAUGCGUAUUGGUGCAGAAGUUUACCAUAAUCUAAAGAAUGUGAUCAAAGCCAAAUAUGGCCAAGAUGCCACCAAUGUUGGAGACGAGGGUGGCUUUGCACCCAACAUCCUUGAGAAUAAGGAAGCUCUGGAACUUCUAAAGACUGCUAUUAACAAGGCUGGAUACCCAGAGAAGAUUGUGAUUGGAAUGGAUGUGGCAGCUUCUGAGUUCUACCGUGAUGGAAAGUAUGACUUGGACUUCAAGUCCCCAGAUGACCCCAGCAGAUACAUCUCCCCUGACCAACUGGCCGAUCUAUACAAGAGCUUUGUUAAAGAUUAUCCAGUUGUUUCCAUUGAAGAUCCAUUUGACCAGGAUGACUGGCCUGCAUGGACUAACUUCACUGGCAGUGUAGGGAUCCAGGUAGUAGGAGACGACUUGACUGUGACCAACCCCAAGAGAAUUGAGAAGGCUGUUGCUGAGAAGGCCUGCAACUGUCUACUUCUGAAGGUCAACCAGAUUGGCUCUGUUACCGAAUCUCUGCAGGCAUGCAAACUGGCUCAGACCAACGGCUGGGGAGUUAUGGUCAGUCAUCGAUCUGGAGAGACUGAAGACACCUUCAUUGCUGAUCUUGUGGUUGGCCUCUGCACUGGACAGAUAAAAACUGGUGCUCCUUGUAGAUCUGAGAGACUUGCUAAAUACAACCAACUGCUCAGAAUUGAAGAGGAGUUGGGAUCCAAGGCUCGUUUUGCAGGCAAAAACUUCAGGAAGCCAGUCUUCAACUAAGAAACACAGAGCACUUAACCAUCUUUAUGUAGUCACUGUACACCUAGUCUGCAGGCGCUGGCUUAAACUCGUCACUGCUGUAGAGGUCUCUCACCACAAGCCCCUGCAGCAAUGACUGUACGGUAUACACAAGCCGCCUCACAAUCCUGCAGUUUCUGACCUUCCAAUCCCAGAAGCUUUGCUGCUGUUUAGGGUUAUUCCUUGUCUGUCACUCUUGGUGCCUGCAUGUUGUCCAUUGUUUUUCUAUUGUGGCUGUGGUCCUGAUCACUUCAACCCGGUUUAUUUAGUAUGUUCUGUGUUGCAGUCCCAGGAGGUCUAACAGUUCAUGUGCAGAGUCAAGCGAUACAAUAGUUUUACAAAGAGGUAAUAAACUCUUUUGAAGGUGA